CAAAAAUCCAAAUAACACGUAGUACACAGCAACUUUUGAUUACCAUGCUAAGUUGUGGAAAUAUAAAUAGGCACGAAUCGAUAUUGUUUACUGUUGCUAGGCAAUAAGCAUUCCAGCUUUCGGUUGUGAAAAUACACCAAACGUUAACUAAUUUUUGAACGCAUUAUCCAUAGAGUUAAAAACAAUAACGUGCAUACCGAUUAUACCAUUUUGUUUUACUACAGACUGGAUGUAAUUAUACAUGGAUAGUGGAAGGGUUUUCAGGCAGAAUUUGCGGAGGCCUAUGCCUACUGCCCCCAAGAGGAUUUUACGUAGAGUUGUACCAGCGUUUACCAUCCAGACCCUGCAGGAAAAUAUCACCGUACAACCUCUGCCUAGACCCGAUGCUUCCUUGAAGAGAUCACCAAAACUAGCGACAAAGUUCAGACGAUUCUACACGUGCGGAGACUUCCCAAUAGCAACAGUAUUUGAUACUCGUGGCAUCAAGGUAGCAUGGAAGGUAGAAAUUGAAGAACUUAAUUACCACAAUCACCUUCCAAAGUUCUUCGAAGGACUCUGCGAAACAGUGCAUCCAUAUAAGUUCUUAGCACAACAAGGGAUCCAUGACAUGUUGCAGAAUGGUGGCCCCAAGAUCCUGCCCGUCAUCCCACAGCUCAUCGUUCCUAUCAAGAAUGCUCUGAACACCAGAAAUCCAGAGAUAGUAUGCGCCACACUCAAAGUGAUCCAAAGUCUGGUUAUGUCAGCUGACAUGGUGGGGAAGGCCUUGGUACCUUACUACCGACAGAUUCUGCCCAUUUUCAAUGUAUUUAAGAAUAUAAAUGUGAAUUUGGGAGAUGGAAUUGAUUACACACAGAUGAAUCACGAAAAUGUAGGUGACCUUGUUCAAGAAACACUUGAGAUAUUGGAGCGAUAUGGUGGUGAGGAUGCUUUCAUCAACAUCAAGAAUAUGGUGCCAACCUAUGAGUCCUGUAUACUCAACUGA